CCAGACCCAAGAGCUACAGCUGAGGAAGCAGACUCCUGUACUGUCAACGUUUUACCGCGAUUGAACGAAAGUGAUGUUCCAACAAUGCCGAUCGUGGAUAAACUCAAAGAGGCAUUAAAACCUGGUCGAAAGGAGACGGGUGAUGAGGGUGACCUCAACAAACUGUUGGCUUCUUCUGCCAAGAAGGUCCUCCUGCAGAAGAUAGAGUUUGAGCCGGCCACCAAGGGUUUCUCCUAUCAACUUGACACUCUGAAGAAUAAGUAUGUGAUCCUCAAUCCCAGGAAUGAGGGCGCUACAAGCCACAGGGCCACUGAGCCUGCCCAGAUAAAGAGGCAAGUUUCAGAGAACACAGUUGGCGGCCAGAUCGAUGGGAUCCCUGCACCACAGAAGAUGCUCUUUUCAGGGAACAGGCUCACCCUUAAAUGGGAGCGUGUGUACAGGGUGGGAGCCGGUCUCCACAACCUAGGGAACACCUGCUUCCUCAACUCCACAGUGCAGUGUCUCACCUACACCCCGCCACUUGCUAACUACUUACUCUCAAAGGAGCACAGCCGUGCCUGUCACCAGUCGGGCUUCUGUAUGAUCUGUAUCAUGCAGAACCAUAUCAUUCAAGCCUUUGCCAACACGGGCAAUGCCAUCAAGCCCGUCUCCUUCAUCAGAGACCUGAAAAAAAUUGCCAGACAUUUUCGCUUUGGAAGCCAAGAGGAUGCCCAUGAGUUUUUGCGGUACACCAUCGAUGCAAUGCAGAAAACCUGUCUCAAUGGCUACCCUAAGCUUGACCGGCAGACCCAGGCCACAACGCUGGUUCACCAGAUCUUUGGAGGCUACCUCAGGUCAAGAGUGAAAUGCUCUAUUUGUAAAAGUGUGUCGGACACAUAUGACCCUUACCUGGACCUCGCCUUGGAGAUUCGUCAAGCAGCAAACAUUGUGCGAGCCCUGGAUCAGUUUGUUAAACCAGACGUACUAUGUGGGGAGAAUGCCUACAUGUGUGCCAAGUGCAAAAAGAAAGUGCCAGCGACCAAGCGCUUCACGGUCCAUCGAACAUCCAACGUACUGACUCUUUCACUCAAGAGGUUCGCCAACUUCAGUGGAGGAAAAAUAACAAAGGAUGUUGGUUACCCAGAAUUUCUGAACAUCCGCCCCUACAUGUCUCAGAGCUCAGGCGACCCUGUGAUGUACGGCCUCUACGCUGUUCUGGUGCACUCUGGCUAUAGUUGCCAUGCUGGCCACUACUACUGCUACGUCAAGGCGAGCAACGGACAGUGGUACCAGAUGAAUGAUUCAAUGGUGCACUCCAGUAACAUCAAAGUGGUCUUGAACCAGCAGGCGUACGUGCUGUUCUACCUGAGGAUCCCGGACAGCAAGAAGAACGCAGAUGGACAGACCACCAAGCAGGGGAUGUUGCAUCUUGGGAAGAACAGUGUGUCGUCUGAACAGAUAAAGAGGGCCAACCUGAACGGGCCUCUCUCCUCCCCACAGGUCACAAAGAAACUCGAGCCUGCACAACUGCGUAAGAUCCAGUCCAUGGACAGUGGUCUGGGCCUGCCCAUCUCCAGGAACGGUGUGAGCUCUCAGCCUCAGUCCAGACUCUCCAACUGGACGUCGUUCUCCCAUUCGCCCAAGCUGCCAGGUGUGCCCUCUGUUAUCGACGAGCCGUUCAAGAAGCUGAAGAAGCCGUCUCCCCAGAGCCAAGUGCAGUCCCGCAGCGGCACGCCGAGCCCUUUCAACAACGGGGUCAGCAGGGCGGAGGGAGAUAAAAAGCAAGGGGGCGAGGGCAGGGGCAUGUCGGCGUCUACCUCAUUCAAGUCUUUGUCUGACUCUUCCUCUGCCGACACCUCCGACUCAAAGGACUCGGUGGGGACCAAAAGUGCGCCGGUAGGAGAGACUCCCUCCACCCCACGGAAAAGCUCUAAUGGCCAGGCGUCUCCAGCCAAGAUCGUGGAGCGCUCUCAAAGUACAGAGGAGCAGAAGACGGCGAAAAUAAAACCCCCGGCCCUCAACAUCGCGUCUGAAGCCACCAGCACCAUGUCCCCUCCACCUGCCAAGAAACUGGCCCUGUCAGCCAAGAAGGCUCGCAAACGGAGACCGAGCAGCAUUGAUGCUCUGCCCUCUUCGCCACGCCAGCUGACCAGUGACACCUCGCAUCAAAAUCAACUUAACCCCUUCACUGUUGCCUCACCUCCUCACACUCACAGAGCUGGUCCAUUCCAUUCACCUAAAGUACAGCCAUCGCCUUUUGCCCACUUAAGUGGAUCCUUCAAACAGCAGAGCCCUCAGAAACAGUCCCCUCCCUCCACGCUGCAGAAACCAAACGCCAGCCUUCCUCCUACAACCAACGGGCUUCACAGUGCUGGCCCAAAGAGCCCCAAGUCUUCCACCAACCGUAGCUCCUUGGUCCAAGAACCAGACCUCAACGGCAGUCCCGCUCCACCGGUCAACCAGAAGAAGAAGAGGAAAAAGAAGCGGCGACAUUCUGAAGUAGAGGGCGACGCAGAGCCAGUGGCAUCCCCGCCGACAGUGACGCAGACCGACCCCGUGGAGUCGGCCAGCGAGAAGAAGCGGAAGAAGAAAAGGAAAAAGCGAAAGAAGGAGCCUGAAGCUGGAGAGACUGUGAUGGAGAAGGAGUGCGUCUUGUCUCACCUGGACACGCCGAACCAGGAAGAGGACUGGUGCCAGGGCGGCAUGUGGAGUCUCGCAUCCCAUCCAGAACAGUCUAAGCCAAAGCCUCAGUCAGCUGCCACAGCCCCAACGCAGGGCGAGUCGAAUGAGACGGAACAGGGAAGGGACUCUGUUAAGUUAAAGAAGAAGAAGAAAAAGAGAAAGAAGAUGCAGCUGGUGGAGGCUAUGCCGGAGACAACUUCAGCAUGCAAUUUACCAGAGAGCACUUCUAAAAUGAAGAUCGCAGUGGUCCAGAAUGAUGUGGGGUAUUUGGUAACAUUGAAAAAGAAAUUUACGGUGAAGAAGAAGAGGCUAAAAGAAGCGGUUGGACUGUGGGAGGAGAGCAGACGAUGCUCAGAAGGUCAGACUGACGAGCCCGAAGCAGUGGAGCCCCCUUCCAAAAGAAACGCCACGGAGAACGGGGAAAUGAGUAAACCAAGCACAGCCCCAGUGGUAGCCUGGGACAGCCAAGUGAAGGACGGCUACAAACGCAGCCAGGUGCCAGCAGCUGAUGGAAGUGAAUCCGACCCGACCCGUGCUGCUCCUGUAGCCGGGGGCGGGGAGACGACGGGUGGGGUGGUGGAGGAGCUGCUCAGGAACUCCACCGAUAAAGCCUACGGAGCCAACGUUCUCAGUUGGGAUGGAGAGGCCUCUGCUAUCAGUAGAGAUGCAGCUCAAGAUGUCCACCACGCCAAGUGUGACACUGUGAUCGACGAGUGGGAUGAAGACUUUGACAGGGGAAAGGUAAAGAAAAUCAAAAACUAUAAGAGAGAGAAGUGGAGAAGCGGCAGCAGCAUCUUCCAGAAGGUCCAGGACAGGCGGAGCAAGUGGGCUGUGACACCUGGAGGAAAGAGGGCUUUCGGAGGAGUCCGUCGUUGAGGUUGUGCUGAUUGGAAAUAGAGACAACAAUACUGUAUACCAAACGUCUGUACCUUUUGUUUGUUUUGUUUUUUAUUUCUCUCGUGUUAAGUUGAGACCCAAAUUCCCGAACGUGGUGAUUUCAAAAGCAGCACAUCGAGUCAGGCGAACCCUUUUAUCUCAAUUUGAAACAAACAUGAAAUGUUAUCUUCCGGCUUCAGCCCUCUCCUUUUAAUCCACAGAGGAGAGUCGGUAGAUCGUGCUUCUCUAUGCAUGCAAUAUUUAACUGAAACCCCUACACCGCCAUGUCUAAUUAAUAUGUAUAUGUUGGCAUCCUUUGAGCCUUGGUUGUUGUCCCAAUUAUCUUGAGCUAAGACAUUGUGUACAGUGUGAGAUGUGAGAUGGGCGGGCUCAGAACGGGAAAGUAUAUCUGCCGUUCUUUGUCUGUCUUGUAUUGACGACUGUACACAAUCUCAGAGCAGACAUGAGGGCUCAGUUAAUUUUACAUUUAAAAAAAACUUUUAACCGUAUCCUGAAAGGAUUCUACACUAAAUUGCAAAGAUCCAAAAUCAUUCAAUCAUUAGCACAUGUUCUUUUAGAUUACCGAUUUUCCUAUUUUAUACCGUUAUCCGCUAUAUAUUUUAUUUUGCUGCAGUGUCUGUGCCACGUGGCUUGUUUUUAAGGACCACAUUUUACGUUCAUUCUUGUUGGUAAAAAUCAAGCUUUAAAAUUGGCACUUUUCUUUCUCAAGCUUAAUGUCUAAAUUUGUUUAAAAAAAAGAAAUUACAAAGGCUUAUUUUUGGUUAUGGCCCAUUUUGCUCCUUAACAAAUUCAGUUCAUUUCAGAUUUCAUGUGGAUACAUUUUAGACAACAAAAGAAUGCUCUGCCGACCUGUAUCGUUUGUGCAACGUUGAUGAACAUCGGACGCGUUCCUCUCCGUUUACCGGGACGCCAUCGUGUCCUGCUCUGCGGAGUCUGGCUUGUUGGGAGAAACCGGGACGGGAGCGCUUGUUUUCCCCUGUGCAGCGAUGUAAUUCUGUAGCUCAGUUCAGCCUUCAGAAGCUCUGUGUGGACAUUUGUUCUUCACCCAUGUACUGACAUGGAGGGGUUACCUUUUCUACUGGAGGCACUGUGUUCGGACGGGGCUGCCACAUGCCAAUCAUUUCUUUUCCCCCUGUAUCUUAUAUCUCUAUGCAAUUUUUCUGAUGCUCAUGCUGGUCACCUAGAAACUGGGCGGAGACUCAGGAACCCAGACAUCCCGUAUCUCUUCUUCAUCACCGAUCAGACUCUCCCCCCUCCCCCGUUUCAUCUCACAGCCGUCCCUCUCCCGGGGCGAACAUUUUGCAUCCUGUAGAAACUUUUUUAUGCAAAAGUAUUUCAGGUGUGGACACCAUGGGAUCGUCUUGCACCACUCCGGAUAAGAUGCGUAGAGAAACUAAAGUUAUGACAAUGCUUUGCCAGCCAAGAAGCCUGUACAGUCCAUCUUGUGCUCCCCGAUUCCCCUCCAACGGUGUAAAGAUGUGCUCAUGCAUUUCUUUUCCUUCGAGAGGUGUUGCCUUGGAUUGGCUAUAAUAAAAAAACAAAAGGUAUAGGAUGUAAUGUUAUACAGAUAUAAUUUAAAGAAGAAAAGACACUGAUCUUUAAUGUUCUAUUAAUACUCUGAUCAGUUGGUGGAUGUUAACCGUGAGAAUUAAUCUGCACAUGUGUUAGAUAAUUUGUUUGUGAGAGUGUUCUUUCUUCAUGCAAGAGCUUCCCCGUGUCACUGUCGAGUGUCCAGGACGAGAGACACGAGGACGCUCUCAGUUCCAUCCAGCGUGUGUGCCGGCUGUGACGUGGACGUGGAGUGCGGCUCUCAAGCUGACCUAGAGGAACAUUUAUCGGUGUGAAUGGACGGUUCACAUGUUUGCAUUGAUGGCUCCACAUUUUGCAUCACCUUUUCUGACCAGGGAAGAGAUCUUUCAUAAUGAAAGUGUCUCUUACCGCUAUAGUUAACUAUAAAGGUGCAAUAAAGUUGUGACUUUUGUGAGCUCA